AGGAGGAGGAGGCAGAGAGGUGCGCAUUCAAAGAGGAGGCUGAGGAGAGAGGAUUCACAGCGGAGCAGAGAGCAUUCACAGAGGAGGCGGAGGAGAGAGCAUUCACAGAGGAGGCGGAGGAAAGAGCAUUCACAGAGGAGGCGGAGCAGAGAGCAUUCACAGCGGAGCAGAGAGCAUUCACAGAGGAGGAGGAGCAGAGAGCAGUCACAGAGGAGGCGGAGCAGAGAGCAGUCACAGAGGAGGAGGAGCGAGCAUUCACAGCGGAGCAGAGAGCAGUCACAGAGGAGGCGGAGGAGCGAGCAUUCACAGAGGAGCAGAGAGCAUUCAAAGAGGAGGAGGCAGAGGAUCGCGCAUUCAAAGAGGAGCAGAGAGCAGUCAUAGAGGAGGCAGAGGAUCGCGCAUUCACAGAAGUGGAGAACAGGGAAGAGGAGGAAGAAGUCGAUGGGAACACUGAUCCAGGGGCAGCCGGCAGCCUAACGGUUAGAGAGGUGAGCCAGCGACCAAGGAUUGCCAGUUUGAAUUCCGGGUCCUGCAGAGAAGUUGGUGCGUUGACAGCCCCAGGAGGUUCCAAAACUCUGUCGGAAGGAGAGAUCUCCAACCCAGGUUCAGACAGUGAGCCCAGUUCCACAGCAUCAGGAAACCAUAAACAACACAGACAGAGGAACUCAAGACAGAAACAUCACCACUGCAUGGACUGCUUCACUAGUUUCUAUGAUCCAGAGGAGUUGAGAAGGCACACUUGUAGACCCCACCCCUGCUCAGAUUGCAGAGGCAGUGUUAUUUGUCCGACUCACCUCAAAUCAAAACAGACUCAGAAAACGAAGGCGACAUACCCGUGUGGUCAAUGUGGAAUGAGAUGUGAAACACCAAGCAAACUAAAGACGCACCAGAGAACUCACACAGGAGAGAAGCCAUACCACUGCACUGUUUGUGGAAAGGGUUGCAGUCAUUCGGACCAUCUAAAGACGCACCAGAGAACUCACACAGGAGAGAAGCCUUACCACUGCUCCCAAUGUGGAAAGAGUUUCAGUCAGUUAACAACUUUGAGAAACCACCACCUAACUCACACAGGACAGAAGUCUUACCUCUGCUCUCAUUGUGGGAAGAGUUUCAGUCAGUUAGCCAACCGAAAUACACACCAGUUAAUUCACACAGGAGAGAAGCCAUACAACUGCUCUCAGUGUGGGAAGGAUUUCAGAUCUCCAAGAGAAUUAAAGUCACACACGAGAACGCACACAGGAGAGAAGCCUUUCCACUGCUCCCAAUGUGGAAAGAGUUUCAGUCAGUUAUCAAGUCUGAAAAGACACCAACUAACUCACACAGGAGAGAAGCCUUACCUUUGUUCUCAAUGUGGGAAGAGUUUCACCACGUUAUCUGAACUGAAGCCACACCAGAUAACUCACACAGGAGAGAAGCCUUACCUCUGCUCUCAAUGUGGGGAUAGUUUCACCAGUUUAUAUUUCCUAAAGAAACACCACCUAACUCACACUGGAGAAAGGCCUUACCUUUGCUCUCAUUGUGGGAAGAGUUUCAGUCAGUUAGCCAACCUAAAUACACACCAGUUAAUUCACACAGGAGAGAAGCCUUACCACUGCUCUCAAUGUGGGGAUAGUUUCACCAGUUUAUAUUUCCUAAAGAAACACCAGCUGAUUCACACAGGUGGAAAGCUGUUCCAAUGCUCCCAGUGUGGUAAGAGUUUCAGUCAUUCAUCAACUCUGAAGAAACAUCAGAUAACUCACACAGGGGAGAAAUCUUACCACUGUUCUCAGUGUGGAAAGAGUUUCAGUCUGGUAGGAAACCUAAAGAGACACCAACUAACCCACACCGUAGAGAAGCCUUAA